UGCCUGGCCUAGGAUGGACCACAGCAAGGACCUCCCGGCCAUCGAGAGAAACAGGGAGCUCCACAUAUGGAUCCUGGAGAACCAGAAGAUGCUGCCGGUCCCUGAGCAGGCUUACGGGAACUUCUUCGAGCAACACUGUUACAUCGUGCUGCACGUCCCUCAGAGCCCCAAGGCCCAGCAGGGGGCGCCCAGCGACCUGCACUACUGGAUCGGGAAGGAGGCGACGUUGGAGGCGCAGGGCGCCGCGGCCGCUUCCGUGCAGCGCCUGCAGGAGGCGCUGGAGAGCCCCUGCGUGCAGCACCGCGAGGCGCAGGGCCACGAGUCCGCCCGCUUCUGCAGCUACUUCCGGCCCGGAGUCGUCUACAGGAAGGGAGCCCUACCCUCCGACCACAGGCACGUCCAGACCAACACGUACGACAUCCAGCGGCUACUGCACGUCCGGGGCACAAAGCACGUUUCGGCCACCGAGGUGGAGCUCUCCUGGAACAGCUUUAACAAGGGGGCUGUCUUCCUGUUGGACCUGGGCAAGGUGAUGAUCCAGUGGAAUGGGCCCAAGACCAGCGCCUCCGAGAAGUCCCGGGCGCUGGCCCUGACCCGCAGUCUCCGGGACAGGGAGCGUGGAGGUCGCGCACAGAUCGGGGUGGUGGAGAACGAGGCCGAAGCCGGCGACCUCAUGCAGAUCAUGGAGGCCGUGCUGGGCCGCAGACCGGGCAGCCUGCACGCCGGGGUGCCCACCAAGAGCACCGCCCGGCCGCACGAGGCCGCCGUCCGCCUCUCCCGCGUCUAUGAGAAGGGCGAGGACCUGGUGAUCCAGGAGGUGGCCACUCAGCCGCUGACCCAGGACCUGCUGCAGGAGGAGGCCUGCUACAUCCUGGACCAGGCCGGCUCGAAGAUCUUCGUGUGGCAGGGCCGCAGGUGCAGCCUCCCGGAGAAGCGGGCGGCCUUCAGCCGGGCCGUGGGCUUCAUCCGGGCCAAGGGCUACCCGCUGUACACCAACGUGGAGGUGCUGCACGACGGCGCCGAGUCGGCCGCGUUCCAGCAGCUCUUCCGGACGUGGUCCAGGGCGCCCGGCGGGCCCCGGCGGCCAGAGGGGCGGGGUACCGGGGUUCAGGUCAAGCUGGACGCGGGCAGGCUGCACAGCCAGCCUGAGCUAGCCGCCCAGCUCAGGAUGGUGGACGACGCGUCCGGGAAGGUGGAGGUGUGGUGCCUCCGGGACUCACGCAGGCAGCCCGUGGACCCCAAGCAUCACGGCCGGUUGUGUGCAGGCAACUGCUACCUCAUCCUGUACACCUACGAGAGGCUGGGUGUUGUCCACUACAUCCUGUACCUGUGGCAGGGCCACCAGGCCACCGCAGCUGACAUCCGGGCCCUGACCCACAAUGCUGAGGAGCUGGAGCUGGUGUACCAGGGAGCGCUGGUGCAGGUGCACGUGACCAUGGGCAGCGAGCCCCCCCACUUCCUCGCCAUGUUCCGGGGCCGGCUGGUGAUCUUCCAGGGGAGCGCUGGCCACGGCGGCAAGGAGCAGCCGGCACCCACCCCCAGGCUGUUCCACGUGCAGGGCACUGAGCCGCACAACACCCGCACCAUGGAGGUGCCAGCCCGGGCCUCGGCCCUCAGCUCCAGCGACGUCUUCCUGCUGCUCACAGCCACUGCGUGCUACCUCUGGUUUGGGAAGGGCUGCAGCGGCGACCAGCGGGAGAUGGCCCGCACAGUGGCCACGGUCAUCUCGCAGAAGAGCGAGGAAGUGACGGUGGAGGGUCAGGAGCCUCCCCACUUCUGGGAGGCCCUGGGAGGCCGGGCCCCCUACCCCAGCAACAAGAGGCUCCCGGAGGCAGCGUCCGGCUUCCAGCCCCGGCUGUUUGAGUGCCGCAGCCCGACGGGCCGCCUGGUCCUCUCCGAGGUGGCGUCCUUCAGCCAGGAGGACCUGGACGAGCACGACGUCCUGCUACUGGACACCUGGCAGGAGAUCUUCCUGUGGCUCGGGGCAGCCGCAGGUGCGCGGAAUGCUGCGUUGGUGGCCUGGGGCCGGGAGUACCUGGAGACCCACCCGGCAGGGAGGAGCCUAGCCACGCCCAUCCUGCUGGUCAGGCAGGGCCGAGAGCCUCCCACCUUCACCGGCUGGUUCUCCUCUUGGGACCCCUACAAGUGGACGGGUAACCAGUCCUCCCAGGAGGUGGUGGAGGCCAGCUCGGGGACAGCACCCGCCCUCUCUGAGGUCACAGCGGAAGUCUGCAACUUCCAGCUCUCGCGGCCGGCCCAGGGCAGGCCGGGUCCCGUGGCUCCGCAGGCCCCCACGGGCUUCCAGGACAGCUCCGAGAGCCAGCCUGAGCAGGGCCCCAGGGCGGGCGGCAGCAGCUCCCCGGUCAGCGGGGCCCUGCCCCGCGAGAGGCUCAUGCACCAGGCCGCUGAGGACCUGCCCGAGGGCGUGGACCCCACCCGCAAGGAGUUUUACCUCUCAGACUCGGACUUCCAAGACCUCUUUGGGAAAUCCAAGGAGGAGUUCUACAGCAUGGCCCAGUGGAAGCAGCAGCGGGAGAAAAAGCAGCUGGGCUUCUUCUGA